AUGAAGGUGAUGAUGACGAUGAUGGUGACGAUGGUGACAAUGGAUGAUGGUGAUGAUGAUGGUCACCUGCGGGAGGCGCCGUCGCCGCUGCUGCUGCCGUCGCCGCAGCUGCCGUUCCAGGGCCUGGUGCCGCAGUCGCCGCCCCAGCAGAACAUCCAGCCAAAAAAACAGGAGCUGCGCGCGGCCUCGGUGGUGCAGUCGCAGCCGCUGGGCGCGGCCAAGGAGGAGAAGCUGCACUCGCCCGUGAUCCGCACCGAGACCUAGCCCCCCCUGCGCCAGGAGCCCCCCAAGGGACACCCCGAGGGCGUCAAAGCGGCCCCGCACCUCCCGCAGCGGCCGGAGCUGAAGGCGCUGGAGGGGGGAGGGGCGCGGGCCGUGAUCCGCCCCCCCGAGCCGACCCCGCCCGGGGCCGAGAAGGAGCGGCCCAAGGCGGAGCCCAAAACCCCCGUGGCCCCAAAAAAGGACCUGAAGAUCAAGAACAUGGGCUCGUGGGCGUCGCUGGUGCAGAAGCACCCGGCGGCGCCGGCGGCCGCGGCCAAGUCGUCGAGCGACUCCUUCGAGCAGUUCAAGCGGGCGGCGCGCGAGAAGGAGGAGCGCGAGAAGGCCCUCAAGGCCCAGGCCGAGCAGGCCGAGCGCGAGAAGGAGCGGCUGCGCCGGGAGCAGGAGAGGAUGAGGACCCGGGAGGACGAGGACGCGCUGGAGCAGGCGCGCCGGGUGCACGAGGAGGUUCGGCGGCGCCAGGAGCAGCAGCAGCAGCAGCAGCAGCAGCCGCCGGCGGCCGCGGGCUCGGUGCCGGUGCCCGGCGCGGUGUCGGUGCCCGGCGCGGUGCCCGUGCCCGGCUCGGUGCCCGUGUCGGCGGCGGCGGCGGCGGCUCCGCAGCCCCCGGGCCCGGGCGGCUCCUCGCAGGCCAUGCUGGACCAGCAGCGGGAAAUGGCGCGCAAGAGGGAGCAGGAGAGGAGGCGCCGGGAAGCGAUGGCGGCGACGAUCGACAUGAACUUCCAGAGCGACCUCUUGGCCAUUUUCGAGGAGAAUCUUUUCUAGGAGAGGCGACUCCGGCCGGGAAUUUUGACUUUUCCCAAAAAAAAAAAAAGAAAAAAAAAAUCCGGAAAAAAAAAAAAAAAAAAGUGGAAAAACAUCAAAAAAAAAAAGAAAAAAAA